CUUUUACGUAAGGCCAUGGCACGACGAAUGCUGAUAGUGGCAGGGUGCUUGUUGGCAUGUGCCGACGCCUUCAUCUCCCCUAGCCCGAUGGCUCCAGCAUGCAGACCACAGCAGCACGCAUGCCGACUCAGGUCUCAGAGAUCAGCCAUCAGGAUGGGUUUGUUCGAUGGAGUAGCCAAGGCGUUUCAGAAUGCGCUGGCCAAUGAAGAUCUUCCUCCUGCAGGACCAGACGGCCUGUCUCAAGAUCCGUGGAUGAAGGGAGUGAGGAAGGCGAUUACUAUUUACUUCGUUAAGGACGGCGAGGUGGUUGCCCAAGGGGAUGCACUUCCAGGAGAUCUUCUCAACACGAUCGCUUCUAAGGCUGGCGUUUCGCUGCGAGACACCGUGAUGAUGAAGACUGAUCAAGCUGAUCUGCAAGUUCAAUCCAAGACAGCAAGGAUUCCUGCGCCAGGGAGGAGAAACAUGAUCUCGGACGAGGCGCUUCGUGAUGGAGACGAGAUGCUAGAGACAGGACUUUCUGCUCCUGUUUGGACUAACUAUGCAUCCCGAGGGGAGGUACGGACAGUGAAGGAGAAGAAGGUUGAGUAUUGGGUGUAUCUAAGCUAAGAUGGGUGAGACAAGCAGAGGAAAGUAACUAGGCUUUGAUUAAAUGAUCUCACUUUUCUU